AUGGACCAACCCGCAUUCGACGACACUUUGAUCGUACGUGGUGCACCAGCACCAGCAGAUCUAACGUUGGGAUCACGAUCGCUCGGUGAACUAUUUCUGAAAGUGCUCCGCAAGACUCCGGCCGGUGUGGCACUGAUAGAUGGUGUAACUGGAAAGGAAUAUUCGUACGCCGAGGUGCUUAAAACUUCCUGUCAGUUGGCCGCCUAUCUGCAGGAGCACAACGUUAAGCGCGGUGAUGUGGUGGCAAUAGUGGCCGAAAACCGUAAAGAGUACCCGAUCACGAUCAUUGCUCUGUUCGCGGUCGGCGCCACUGUCGCACUGUUCAAUCCAAAUUACACCUCACGCGAGCUCGUGCAUGCGUUGAACGUUACCGGGCCAAAGCUUGUGUUCGUUUCAUCGUUGGCUAGUGGUGCGCUGCUGAAAGCUAGCCGAUCUGUCAAGCAGGGCUUCAACGUUAUCUCUUAUGAUGCACUGGAACGUGGGACAACCUUUGACCAGUGUUUACGGCGCGCAAGAAAACGCCUUACGCCAGAUUCACUGCUUCCCGAACCGGUAGAUAUUUCCGACGAAGUGGCUAUCAUAGUGAUGUCCUCCGGUACGACUGGUUUACCGAAGGGUGUUCUUAUCUCACACCGUAAUGUGAUGGCAACGAUGGCCAAUGUGCGAGAGGUGCUGGAGAAAGGUUUCCCACUGCAUUACAGCCUCGAUGUGCUGCCCUGGUUCCAUGUAGCCGGCGGUAUUGCUAUGAUAAGUCGGCUCGGUGCUAACCUUACCAUAGUCUAUCUGCCACGAUUCGAGCCACGCACCUAUCUGCGCUGCAUCGAACGGUAUCGGCCGAGCUUCCUCAACACGGUUCCGCCGAUUGUCGUCUUCCUGGCGAAACAUCCGGCCGUACCCGAGUACGAUCUGUCCUCGGUGCAAACGAUCGCCUGUGGUGCAGCCCCGCUCAGCCGGGAAGUUGAAGAAUUGAUCGUCGCACGGCUGCCGGGCGUAAGCAUCCGGCAGGGCUACGGGAUGAGCGAGACUACGCAGGCAAUCACAUUCAACGAUGGAGAGACGCCCAAACCGGGUAGCAUUGGGAAAGUGCGUUCGGGGCAAAUGGGUAAAGUGGUCGACCCUGAUACGGGUCGUGCCCUUGGUCCCGAACAGCACGGUGAGCUUUGCUUUAAGGGCACUUUGAUCAUGAAGGGUUACAUCGGAGGCGAACGUGUGAUCGAUGCCGACGGUUGGCUUCACACCGGCGACAUCGGAUAUUACGAUGCGGACGGGGAUUUCUACAUCGUGGAUCGGCUGAAGGAGUUGAUCAAGUAUAAAGCGUUCCAGGUGGCACCGGCUGAGCUGGAGGCACUGCUGUUAAGUCAUCCGGGCGUUAAUGACUGUGCCGUGGUUGGUCAAACGGACGAGCGUGUUGGUGAGCUACCGACAGCAUUUGUAGUAAGGGCCGAGGGUAGUUCUGUUACAGAGGAGCAGCUUAUUAAGCACGUGGAAGAACGAGUGUCUAAAGAGAAGAGAUUGCGCGGAGGAGUUAAAUUUGUUGAGGAGAUCCCCAAGACGGCCAGUGGCAAAAUAUUACGACGUACGUUACGAGAGUUGGUAAACCAGAAGGCGAAGUUGUAA